AUGAGGUUAUGCACAGAGUGCCGCGAAGGAAGCCUUCGUCUUCUUUUUGGACCCCAAUGCACCGAAAUCGGAAACCAAAUCACUCGCAUCCGAGAUGCCCUAGAGAACCAUCCAUCGGGGCUACAAUUCCUUCAUGAUAUUGUGAAUGAGCUUCCCUCGCUAUGGCCUGUCAUUGUAGGUGCCUGCCCAGCACUGGACCGGGUGCCUGGAGAAAGGGGACUGACUGCACUGGCCCAACUUGUCAACAACGAAUCAUCAGCCAGUCCCGUGGGAGACCAGUUGAACAUAGUUCUAACUCCUCUCACUGUCAUGGCACACAUAGCUGAGUUUUGGCAGCUCCAGAAUGUUGCAGCACAUCCGGCACUCCCAUCAGGAUCUUCCAUAACAUCUCCCGCUGCCCUUCCGAGAAUAAUUGAUGUACAAGGAUUCUGUGUAGGUUUCCUCGCAGCCAGCGUUGUCGCGUCUUCGGAAGACGCGCGUGAGUUCCAAUCUACGGCAUCCAAUGCAAUAAGGCUCGCUGUCUGUAUUGGAGCGUUGAUCGAUUUGGAUGAGACGGUGUCUGGUGAGGCUACAUCGAUUGCAGUACGAUGGGAGUCCCAAGAGAGCUAUGAGCACCUUCAACAGAUCUUGACACAGGAACCGAAUGUGUAUAUCUCCUGCGAGACAGAUGUGAACAGCGUCACCAUCACGCUUCCCGAUCCAGCCGCGAAAUGGAUGAAGCAGCAGCUCAACGGUUUCGGGCUGCGGUCAAAGCAGCUUUCCCUGCGGGGUCGAUUUCAUCAUCCUGAAGCGCAUGACCAAGUCGUCCGGCACAUAAUGCAACUGUGCAGUAGGGACUGUCGCUUUGAGCUCCCUAACAGCGAUACCUUGCCGUUUCCCCUUCGGUCCAACAAAGACGGCGAGGUGAUUGAGCCGGGGACGAUGUUGCACACCGUUGCCUUAAAGACGAUUCUCUGCGAAAGGGCGAACUGGUGGAAAACGAUCUCAUCACUGCUCACUGAUUGGGAAUUGGGCGUUGACGAGUCCCGUCUCAUGUCCAUCAGCACCACAGAAUUCGUUCCACGGUCCGCCCGAGGCCAUCUGGUGUCCCAGGGCAGCUUUCCCACGGCAUGUCGGAAACAUGGUCCCGUCAACGGACACACACCAAGUGCUCCCACCACUUCAUUCCUGAAAGAAGAGGAUAACGUCGACACCCGCCCACAGAAUGCCCAGGUGGCGCCAAUUGCCAUCACGGGGAUGGCUUGUCGAUAUUCUGGCGCGGACUGUGUGGAGGAGCUGUGGGACCUGCUAGAGCAGGGCCAAUGCAACGUGCAAAGGGUCCCCGAGAAUCGGUUCCGGAUGUCAGAGCUGCAGCGAGAGCCCAGCGGUCCUUUCUGGGGCCACUUUCUGGAGCAUCCAGAUGUUUUUGAUCAUCGCUUUUUUGGCAUCUCGGCGCGGGAGGCUGAGUCCAUGGACCCGCAGCAGCGCGUAUUGCUGCAGGUAGCGUACGAAGCCAUGGAGUCGGCCGGCUAUUGCGGAUGGCAGAAGACCAAGCUCACGCAGGAUAUCGGUUGCUACGUGGGGGUGGGGUCUGAAGACUAUACAGAGAAUGUAGCGUCCCGUCAUGCAAAUGCCUUCUCCGCCACGGGAAGCUUGCAGUCGUUUAUCAGCGGGCGCACUAGCCAUUUCUUCGGUUGGUCGGGGCCUUCAAUCACAAUAGAUACAGCAUGUUCGUCCGCGGCGGUGGCGAUACAUCUAGCAUGCAAGGCCCUGCAGACGAAAGAGUGCUCAAUCGCGGUGGCCGGCGGCGUGAAUGUCCUUACAAACCCCACAGUGUACCAGAACCUGGCCGCCGCAUCAUUUUUGUCUCCGACAGGAGCGUGCAAGCCAUUUGACGCUGCUGCUGAUGGAUACUGCCGUGGAGAGGGGGCUGGGCUCGUUGUGCUGCGGCCUCUGCAAGAUGCCAUCGACCACGGUGACCCCAUACUCGCUGUGAUCGCUGGUUCGGCCGUCAACCAAGGCUCCAACAAUUCACCCAUCAUGGUACCCGACGCGCAGUCCCAACAAACACUUUACGACAAGGCCUUGUCUCUCGCGGGGGUGACUCCUGAGCAGGUCACGUACGUGGAAGCACACGGAACCGGCACACAGGUCGGCGAUCCAAUCGAGUUGGACAGUCUCCGCAGGGCGUUUGGUGACCGUCACCGGCGGCAGGACCUGUUUGUGGGAUCCAUUAAAGGCAAUAUCGGACAUACCGAGACCUCCUCCGGGGCUGCCGGCCUGUUGAAGACGAUCCUGAUGCUGCAACAUCGGCGCAUCCCGCAACAAGCGAAUUUCAGCAUCCUGAAUCCCAAGGUGACUCCGCUUGACCACGACCGACUGAUAAUCCCGGUAGAGUCGACUAAAUGGGAAGCGGAAGCACGACUCGCCCUGGUUAGCAAUUACGGAGCCUCGGGGAGUAACGCUGCACUCGUGGUGAGAGAACAAAUUACCAAGCAAGGUCAUGCAACCCCUCGAUAUUUGCUGGAUGUUCCGAUCUUGAUUUCCGCGCAAUCGCAAGAUUCCACCAGGGCGUACUGCGGUGCCCUCCGCUCGGCGCUCUUGAGCAAUUCCAUCACAGUCCAGGACCUCGCGUAUAACCUCGCAAUCAAGCAGAACAGAGGCUUCUCAUUCAUUUCUGCUUUUCCAAUUUCCUCGCAUGCAGAGUCGUUAGGCGCCCGCUUGGAGGCAAUUGUCACAGGCGAAUCUGCAGAUAUUUUGCAGAAGCGACCAGCCAGCGAACCGCCGAUUAUUCUGUGCUUCGGCGGUCAAGGUGGUCAGAGGCCAUGUAUUUCAAAAACCUUGUUCGACAACUGUGUUCUGCUACAGAAACACCUUUUGGAAUGUGAGAAAGUGGGCGAGAUGCUGGGCCUUCCCAGUCUCUUUCCUAUGAUCUUUGCAUCAGACCCAAUCGCGGACAUUAUUCACCUACACUUCUUGCUCUUUGCCACCCAAUACGCCUGUGCAAGGGCAUGGUUAGACUCUGGACUUUGCGUCAACCGCAUCGUGGGCCACAGUUUCGGUCAGCUCACUGCUCUGUCUGUGGCUGGCACCCUGAGCCUUCGCGACGGCAUUUUCUUGAUCACUGAACGUGCUCGUCUGAUUCAGGCCCGAUGGGGUGCAGAUUCCGGCGCGAUGCUUGCCUUCGAGGGCCCGAAAACGGUCCUUGACGAGCUACUCACGCAGACUGGCCACUGUGUUGGCAUUGCCUGUUAUAAUGGGCCGCAGCAGGUGAUCCUAACUGGCACGGAGGAAUCUAUACGGACGUUCGAGAACUCAGUCGAGGGAAAUACCUCAGAUAACAACAUCAGACUGAGACGAUUAGACAUCACGCACGCGUUCCACUCCAGGCUCAUGGACAGCAUCAUGCCGGACCUGAUGGAGGUCGCACAGUCACUGACUUACCUGAAACCGGCGAUUCCCAUUGAAGACUGUUCCAUGAAUGGUGACUGGUCGAUAGUCACACCGGCAAAAAUCGUCGAGCAUACUCGCAGGACCGUGUACUUCCAGCACGCUGUCGAGCGAAUAGCUCAAAAUUUACGAGGUCCAGCUGUCUGGCUGGAAGCUGGAUCUGCCUCGCCCAUCAUCCCCAUGGUGCGCCGAGCGCUAGAAAAUCCCUCUGAGUUGCACACAUACUGCAAAGUUGACCUCAGAGGGCCUGACGCCGCGAGAAAUUUGGCAACUGUUACCAGCGAUCUCUGGGCGCAGGGCAUCCACGUUCAGUUCUGGCCAUUCCACCGAUUGCAGGCCGACGCCUUUAGCUGGUUGAAUCUUCCUCCGUACCAGUUCGCCAAGACAACUCACUGGAUAGACUUUGAACCCGCCGCGUUCUCCUCGGCCCCAUCGAAGGUGUCAAACGCUGCAAGCCAGCAGCGAACUGGUCUGUUGCACCAGUUGAGCGACGGACCAGAUGAGUAUUUGUUCGCCGUCAACACUCAAGACCCGUUGUACAGGUCUUGCACUCAGGGACACGCUGUCCUAGACCAGCCGCUGUGUCCUGCAUCAAUGUAUAUGGAGAUAGUGCUGCGGGCGACGGCUUGCCUUUCCUCCUUGCAUGCAACAUCGACCCCAGCACUGUCUCAUAUCGACGAUCUCACCAUCUCCUCCCCACUGGUGCUGGACCCGCUGGGGGACGUGCAUGUGCGACUGUCUCCUGAAGGACCAAGUUGCUCCCAGGUGUGGUCCUUUUCUAUUUUCAGCAACAGCGAGCAGGCUCGUGAUACGGUGACUCACGCCAAAGGAACCGUCUCCCUUUUGCAGGACCACUCCAGCUCUAUGGCCUCUUUCCAUUCCAUAGGGCGGUUGGUAAAUCAGUCUAGGGCCAGAGCAAUCAUGGAGGAACCGACGUCAAGUGGGCUGAAGGGAUCAGCGGUCUACUCAGCGCUCCGCCAGGUGACGAACUACGCGGAUUACUUUCGCGGCGUCAGGGAGGUGUUUGCAAAUGGCUGCGAGGCUACAGGCAUUGUCACCAUGGCACCCCUUACCACUGAGAAUACCAGCAACCCCAUCCUUCUAGACAACUUUCUGCAGGUUGCGGGUAUUCACGUUAACUGUCUUUCUGAUCGCCAGGAGGACACAGUCUUUGUGUGCAAUGCUAUUGGGAAAACCUUCAUAGGCGAAUUGCUAUUUAGGACGGCUAGCGAAGCUCUUUUGCCGUCGUGGACUGUUUUUACCAAUUACGCACAACAAUCCAAGAACCAGAUUACGUGUGACAUAUACGUUAAGGACAGUGUGACAAAUGGUAUACUAGUCGCGAUGAUGGGCGUUUUCUUCACGCCCGUUCCGAUCCGGACUCUCGCCCGCACGCUGGCUAAGCUGAACAAUAACAGCCUCAAAGAUGCAAAGCCGGUCGCCAUCUGCAGCGUUCCGCCUCAGACCCAGUCACCAGAUGAUAUGCCGGCCCACGAACGAGCUACCGCCGAGAUCAAUGUGGACCGUGAUCUUGCAGCUUUGCAGGAAAUGUUUUCUGAUAUAUGUGGAGUUGAUACCGACGAGCUAUCUCCUGACACGUCAUUGAUUGACAUUGGAGUGGAUUCUCUUUUGAGCACCGAAGUGCUAUCAGAAAUGAAGAAGCGGUUCCAGAUCGAUAUCACGUAUUCAACCUUUGUGGAAUUACCAGAUAUUCAGAGCCUUGCUCAGCAUAUAUUUCCAGGGCGUUCCAAGGCAGCUCUCUCGCGGCCCGUCGGUGAUGAAAUUGUACCCAAUGGACCUGCCAUGUCGCAUGCUGGACCUGAUGUCACUAUGGAUGCUAGUGACGAACCGUCGCUAGCCAUAGUGGCCCAUCAGUGUUAUGAAGCAACACGCACAGCAGUAUCCCACACCGAUGAUGCGCACUGGACCAAUUUCUUUCACUCUGUCUAUCCUCAGCAAAUGAGGCUUAUUACGGCGUACGUUGUGGAGGCAUUCCGGCUCUUGGAUUGCCCGCUAGAAUCUUACCAGGAAGGUGAGGUUGUCCCAACUAUCUCUGUUCUACCGCGCCACGAAGCCCUAAGGAAUCACCUAUACGUGAUUCUGGAAUCCGUCAACCUGCUCUGCCGCACGCCAGAAGGAAAACUUGUGCGGACAGCGACGCCCCUUUCCCCGCUCUCGUCACACGGCUUGCACACCCAGAUACGAAGCGAGCACCCUGCAUACAAAUUGGAGCACGAUCUUCUCCAGAUUACAGGUCCGCAGCUGGCAAACUGUCUGUCCGGUCGAGCAGACGGAGUAUCACUGAUCUUCCGUGAUGCCCAGACCCGGUGUUUGCUUGAGGAUGUCUAUACGCACUCUCCAGUGUUCAAGUCGGGCAAUCUCUAUCUCGCGCGGUAUCUGAUGGAUGUCAUCCAACGUUUCGGGAACAAUCGACCGAUCAAGAUCCUCGAAAUUGGUGCCGGCACUGGAGGCACUACCAAGUUUCUCCUCGACCAGCUCUUGAACUUACCUGGAGCGACUACCCGUGUUGAUUAUACUUUCACGGACAUCUCAUUAUCACUCAUAGCAGCGGCGCGAAAGAAAUUCGCCAAUUACAACUUUGUGCAGUUCAACACCCUGGAUAUUGAGCAGGAGCCCCCUACAAGGUUACACGGCCAGUACGACAUCGUGCUGUCGACGAACUGCAUCCAUGCAACACGGAGCAUUGCCCAGAGCUGCUCGCAUAUACGCACUCUUUUGCAGCCCAACGGAAUCCUUUGUCUUGUCGAGCUGACACGCGACAUAUUCUGGCUAGAUCUUGUGUUCGGCCUCCUUGAGGGCUGGUGGCGGUUUGAUGAUGGCCGCCAGCAUGCUCUGGCGAGCGAACAGCUCUGGCAUCAGACACUCCACCAGGCUGGCUUUGACUGGGUGGGCUGGACUGACAAUGAGACCGUGGAAUCGAAUGCGCUGCGUGUUAUCGUCAGCUCACCAUCAGGAGUGUCUGGAUUGACUCAAGGAAUUUCUACCAAGCCAGUGAAGAUGGAAACCGUGGUCUGGGCACGCAGAAGCGAUCUCGAGUUGAAGGUGGAUAUAUAUUAUCCUAAUGAAGUUGACACUUUGCGGACGCCCCGCCCAAUUGCUCUGAUGAUCCAUGGUGGCGGUCAUGUAACACUCUCACGCCACGACAUUCGCCCGUCGCAGACUCAAAUCUUGCUCCGCGCCGGGUUCCUACCUAUUAGCAUUGACUACCGACUAUGCCCGGAGGUCUCUCUAGUAGACGGGCCUAUGGCAGACGUCUGCCAUGCUCUUAACUGGAUUCGCAACACCCUGCCAAGUUUGCCCCUCCUUCGUCCAGAUAUCCGACCGGAUGGAAACCGCGUUGUGGUUGUCGGGUGGUCCACCGGUGGCCAUCUCGCUAUGACCUUACCAUGGACGGCCCCUGCUGCAGGGAUCGCUGCUCCGGAUGCCAUUCUUGCCUUCUAUUGCCCCACCAACUAUGAGGAUCCGUUCUGGUCGCGCCCCAAUUUCCCCUUCGGAAAAACGGUCGCACCAAACGACAUGGAGUACGAUGUGUGGGAAGGUGUGCGUGAUACCCCGAUCGUGGGCUAUAACAUACCGCCACAGGAACGGCCGCUGGGAGGAUGGAUGUCAACGAGGGAUCCGCGCAGUCGCAUUGCAUUGCACAUGAAUUGGAAAGGGCAGACACUGGAUAUGCUCCUCAAGGGGUGGAGACACAAGGACAAGGCAGAUGACAUCCCCCGUCCGACUGAAGAGGAGAUUCAGGCAGUUAGUCCGCAUUACCAAAUCCGCACCGGUCGGUACGGCACGCCGACAUUCCUCAUCCAUGGAACAAUGGAUGAUCUAGUUCCUUUUGAGCAGACAGAGUCAACCUAUGAUGUCUUGGUGCAAAACGGUGUUGAAGCGGAGAUCCGGGUGGCACGUCCGCCUCUAGGAACUGCCUUUGUUUUGUUUCUCAACGAUAAUGUUACCUCGCUUGUUGCUGACAGAGAAUGA